UCUUGGCUCUCGAUUCUUGGCAUCUUUACGAGAUAUCCCUCACCCUCGCUUGUCUGUUGUCUCACCCUCCACCUUUCCUUAAAUCUCUUCAUUCUCACUUCCAUCUCUCUCCACAUUCAAUUCAUCUCUCUCUCUCUCUCUCUCUCUCUUACAGACACUCCUAGAAACAGAGGGAAAAGAGAAGAAAGAAACCACAAUUUCACAAAAAAUGAACGUGUUGGAUUCCCAAGUGGAGGCUCUUGUCUUCAACUACCUCACCUUUGGUUUCCUCACUCUCCUCAACAACUUUUGGACUUGGCUCGCACUUCUCACCGCAGCCCUCAGCUUCUGGAAGAUUCGCUCAUCGGUUUGCCCCGAACCCGAAAUAGGUGACCCGACCAGAGAGCUGGUAGUUGAAGCUGCCAUUCCCGAGGCGGUAACGCCGCUAGUUGAGUCAGCUGCUGUCGUGGAUGCGGCUCCGUUGGCGGUUACUGAGGACGUUGACGGCGUAAGGAAGGGGAAGUUUACGGUGUACUACGAGGAGGAGGGUGAUGAUGAGGGCGCGCAAUGCAUGCGCGGCGAGAGAGAGGGAUCUUUGACUUUGACUCUGCCUUUGAUGGCGUGGAGGGAAGAAGGGUGCGAAGUGGAGUGGUGGGAAAAGUGGGAGAGGUUGUUACGGUUGAGGAACGGCGUUAAUGAGGGCGGAUGGUACACGUGUCAGGACUUGACGGAGCUUAACGGGAACGUUGUGAGGUUGUGGGAUGGUGGGUUCCGGUGUAGAGAAUCAUGGUACAGCUACAGCUGUGUUGAUGUUUGGUGAAAUCAAUAAUGAUGAUACAAUAAUGAAUAAUAAUAGUAAUAAAAUAAUAAAUAUUAAUAAUGGUAGCUUUAAUUUGUUAGUUAGAGACAUAGGUUAGGUAGUGUACUUUUGUAAUUUGAGGAGGAAUUUAUUAUUUUUAAUUAGUAGUUAAUUAUUAAUGAUUAAAAAUAUAAGUUUAAAACAUGUUAGAUUAUUAAAUUAAAAAAUUAAAUUAAUAAUUAAAAAUAAUAAAAAAUAAAAAAUUCUAAUGACGAGUAUUUUUCAUUUGGGAAUUGGGCAACAUGCAUGUACAUAUAUGGUGAUUUCUGAUUUGGUAGUGAUUUCAGAAUUUUGGAUGAUGGAACUUAAAUUAAUUAAAGAGGAAGCAGUUUCAUCAUCUUCACUCA